AUGACGACUAAGAUGGACUUGAUUGGCAUUUCCGAACGUCUCUCAGUGCGCUCUCCGAUCCUCCAGCCACUGCUCAAAUCAUACCCAACAAAUAACUAUCAAUUCCUCAAGACGCAUCAAUAUCUUUUACUUGGCAUUCUUCCUAUCGGCACUUCAUCUAACUCUUACAGUCGAAAUUUCCCAAGCCGCAGAAACUUUAAGGCCAACAAUCAGGUUGAUGCGGAAUGUGUUGAAGCCUCUUUUUCCAAUUUUAAUCGUGUAGUUUGUUUUACCUGGUGCACCAUAAAUCCUGCUACUCCUGUUCGGCUAUACCUUGGAAUCUUCGAUCUUGAUGGAUGGUAUCAGGCUCAGAUGCCAAACAAAAUCAGGUAUAGAUAUAUUAUUUUAUCUGGUAUUUAUUAUGUAAUUUAA